AUGUCUACCACCGGGAGUACAGAGGCUUGGCUACAGGACAACUUUGGCGCCUUUGUGGCCAAUGCAGCCUAUGAAGAUUUUGCCAAACUGAUGGCCAGUUUCAAUGGAUUUGAUGUCAGGGAGAAUCUCACCUCCACCCAACUUGCGCAUGUCUUUUUUGGCUCUGAUGUCCUGGAUUCUCCAGAGAAGGUCAGCGUCCUCCUAAGGCCCCUGGAGGACAGGCCUGUUGCAGACACAGUUGCAUUCAUGACAGAAUUUGCAAAUACAGCCUCACAGAAUGGCAUAACCUUCCUGGCAAACCCAGAGGUGAGGAACACCAUGUUUGAGGCCAUCUUCAGCAAAGUGCAAAGUCUCUUCGCCACAGCCAGUCUCUCCCAGUACCAAGACUGGUUCCAGGACAAGCUGAUUUUAUGGCUUCCUAGCAUCAAUGCCUCAGCUCUUGCGGCAAUCCCAAAGACCGUGCCAUGUGGCAUUUUUCAAACCAUAAUGGCUGGUUUGGAUAGCAGUUUUCGACAUAUGUCUCCAGAGAGCUGCCAAGAUGUCUUCAACUUUGCCAAAAAUUAUCUGAGUACCAAGUCGACUCAAGGAGGCGAUCCCUGUGCCGGAAACACCCGAGGAAGUUGGGGCUGGUUAGGCACCAACUUUGGAUCCUUUGGGUCCUUGGCUAGUUACAAAGACCUGGUCAGCAUUAAUCCAGAUUUCAGUGCGAUGGAUGCAGUCGCAGGCCUCACACCUACGCAACUGGCUGAUUACACACUAGCAAGUGAUGUCCUGCGUGACAGCGAAAAAGCUGGGAAGAUCUUGGGCGCCCUCAAUUCGAACAACAUUGGAGAGUUUCUGGAUGCUUUCAAUGCUGCAGCUGAACAGCACGCUCUUUCUCAGCUGCCACACUUGGAGACGAGGCGAUCCAUCCUUGGGGAAAUCUUCUGCCACUUGAGCGGCACUGUCAAACUUUUCACACCGGAGGAUUAUUCUGUCUGGUUUGGACCACGGCUGGACCUCUUCCUGAGCAGCCUGGAUGCCCAGAACCUGGGCUUCUUACCUGAUGACAUGACAUGCGAUUCCCUUGCUGCCAUAUUGAAGGCUUUAACCGACCAUCAUGCCAACAGCACCUUUGAGAACCCAGAAGACAUUUUGUCCUUUAUAAAGAGGAUUCUCCGUUUCCAGCAACAGAAUUCAGGCUCUGCUUGCAUUCAGGGCAUCUCCACAGACAGAGCGUGGCUGCUUGAAUUCUUUGGACCCCUCACAACUUAUGGCUCAUACUCAGAUUUCACCGACCUGAAGAGCGACUUCCGUGGGAUGGAUUCUCUGGACCUCUUCUCGGCCAGGGCCUUGGCUCAGUUGUCCACACAGAGCCACAGCAUCUACAGCAGCACAGCCAUGGUGCAUGUCCUCCAAGCCAUUCGAGAGAAGCCAGGGCCAGACCAGUUCCUCAGUGCCUAUUUGGAUGAAUUCAACGGCCUUGUGCUGAAGGUAAAUGCCAUCGUGUUUGGCACAAGGGCACACACUGAGACUGGAUGCAGGCUGGAAGCGUGUUAG